AUGACUACUCCUUUGGAAUCACAUUAUCUUGCUGUUAAACGCAUUCUGCGAUAUCUUAAGGGCACUAUGGACUAUGGUCUCCUAUUCUCUCCUGGUUCUCUCAAUUUGAAGGCUUACACUGACGCUGAUUGGGCUAGUGAUCCCAAUGAUCGUCGUUCCACCUCUGGCUUUGUUGUGUUUCUAGGCUCCAAUCCUAUUUCUUGGGCAUCUAAGAAACAGCAUGUUGUAUCUCGUUCCUCUACUGAGGCGGAAUAUAGGGCGAUGGCAACAACUGCAGCUGAACUCUCUUGGCUUCAACAGCUUCUUCGCGAUGUGCAUUUUCCUAUGUCCUCUCCUUCUUUACUCUUAUGUGACAAUCUGUCUGCCAUGGCACUUUCCAUCAAUCCAGUCCUUCACUCUCGCGUCAAACAUAUAGAAGUUGACUGCCAUUUUGUCCGAGAAAAGGUUACUGGUGGUCAGCUGCACUUGCAGCAUGUUCCUUCUUCCCUUCAGGUUGCAGAUAUUCUUACCAAAGGCCUCUGCUCUCCUUCCUUUGACUUUCACUGCAGCAAUCUCAAGCUUAGGCCACCCUAA